AUGAUCAAAGUUGCCCCAUAUGAAAUAUGGUCCGAAAAUACCAGAGAACUUUGGGUGUCAGAAAAUAUAGACUAUAAAGAGGAUGUUGUCGAAGAAGCUUUAGGAAAAGUUAUAGAAAAUAAUUUUAGUAUACGGAAAGCGUCAGUACAAUAUGGGAUUCCAUUUGGGACUUUGUACAACAGGUACAAAGGGCUCCACAUUCGUUCAAUAGGACUCACUCCACAAGAAGAACUUCAACUCGUCAGAAGCGCCGCUACCUGUGGCGACUGGGGAUAUCCCUUGUCCAAAGAAGACAUGCAGUUCUUAGCCAAAAACUAUCUUGACAAGCAGGGCAAGAUAAUACCUUAUCUAACGGAAAAUAAGCCUGAAAAUGAAGGUGACAUAGGCAAUACACUAAUUGAUUUCUUGAAAGAGCAGAGGUUUGGUGAGGGUCCAAGUACCUCAACAAGGCAAAAAAAGAAAAUGGUAAAAGUCAUUCCUGGCAAAAGCGUAACGCACGUUACAGCAGACUCAGAAAUGUUCGAAGAAGGAACCAUGCAAAAUGAAACAGAGGAUGAAGCUAUUCACGAUGAAGAUGACGAACAAGGAAGAGAACAAUUCAACGAAGAAGAAAAGGAAAACAAAAACUGCAACACUAAAUCGACCGAAAAUUGGUCUUGGUUAAAAUGA